AUGGCCAACAUGUUUGACUUCGCGGAGGAUGCGGUGGACUACACGGACGAUUUCGCCGUCGAAGACGUGGAAAUGACCGAGGACCGCGAGACCGACCCCCGGCGCAUCCAGCAGCGGCAGAAGCAGAUAGACUAUGGGAAGAACACUCUUGGAUAUCAGAGAUACCUGGAACUGGUUUCCAAGGACAAACGGAAGCCGCGAGUGCACCCGGUGACCCCGGACGCCCACCUCAAGGUCAGCAAGCGCGCGUUCGACGGCAUUCUGAAGAAGUGGCGCCGCGCCCUUCACCGUUGGGACCCCGACCAGGGCGACGAUGGCGGCGCCGGUGCGGCGCCCGGGGCGCGCGUGCAGCGGAGGGACAGCGCGGACGCGAAGCGGAAGCGGCAGACGGACGCGCCGCGGUCGGGGAGCCGCGCGCCGCGCGCCGCGCCGCCCGCGCCGCUCGGCGGCGGGGCUGCGUCCGGGGGGGGGUCUGCCCCCAACUCCCCCCUGCCGCAGCGCAAGCCGAAGCGCGGGAAAGUCUGGGACGGGCAAACCACGCGGCGCGGCGACGUCGACGGCUACGCCGCGCCGUCCCCGCAGGCCACACCGCCGUACCGCGACCUCGACCGCACCACCGUGCGCACGGCGCCCGGCGCAGCGCACCCGAGCCACACGCCGGGCAGGGACCGGCGCGACCCCGGGCGCGAGCUGCUGCGGUACUCGCCCGAGGCUGCGCGGCCGCCGGCGGAGGAGGAGGACGGCGUGUACGGCGUGCGGUGGGCGGACGGCGGCGUGGCAGUUGACGCAGCGGCCCCGGGGGGGGGAGUGGCGUACAACGGCACGUGGCAGGUGUGGGGGGACGCGUUCGGCGGCGCAGGGCGCGCGCCGGGGCCGCGGCCGCUGGCUCGAGCGGACACGACGUUCUCAGAGGGGCCCCCGGGCUGGCGCAGCAACGUGAGCCGUAUGCAGAGCAUGGGGCCGCCGGGGUGGACGCCGCAGGCGAGCUUGUCUGCGGCGGAGGCGGCGGCGGGGGCGCGGGAGGCGGCGCGGCUGGAGCAGGUGGAGUGA